ACAUUCACCUGCAUCGCCGCCGGAAACGAGGUAUUCCCCGGCGAUCUCGCGCAAUUCAUCCCCGCCGCGAUGGAGAAUCUCGCAGCUGCACUCGCAGCCGCCAAUUUAAACAUCCCGGUCUCCACCGCGAUCUCGAUGCAGCCGCUCUCGACCUCCUACCCCCCCUCCGCCGGCGAUUUCUCGGAGGCUGCGAAACCGGUCAUGGCUCAGAUCGCGAAUUUCCUGCAGUCGAAGGGGUACCCUCUGCUUGUGAAUGUGUACCCUUACUUCGCACGUGCGGGGGAUCCGGCGAACGUGGAUCUGGACUUUGCGCUUUUCCGGCCCGGAAAGACUGCGGUCCAUGACGGAGAGUUGACCUACCUGAACCUGUUCGAUUCGAUGACGGAUGCGGCGUACGCGGCGUUGGAGAAGGUGGGGGCGGGGGGUGUGGAGAUCAUCGUGUCGGAGACGGGGUGGCCGAGCGCGGGAGGGGUUGAGGCGGGAGUAGAAAAUGCUCAAACGUACGUGAAUAAUUUGAUAGGACACGUGACUUCGUCGGGGACGCCGCGGAGGCCGGGGAAGCAGGUGGAGGCCUACAUAUUUGCGUUGUUUAACGAGAAUAUGAAGCCAGAGGGUGUGGAGCAACACUGGGGUUUGUUUUACCCUGAUCUCACUCCGGUUUAUCCCCUUACGUCUAAGAUUAUUGGUUGA